ACUGUCAGCAUCGUAGACUGACAAAAGUUAAAUAAUAUAUAAAAUACCAGAAACAACUUGUUGUGCGUCAAAAACAGCCAGCACAUCGCUCUCUGUUUUGUUGUUCCACGCACACGCACUCCGCGAACACUAGGAUGCGCCAGCUGAAGGGCAAGGUGAAGGAGACGCGCAAGCAGAAGAAGGAGCGCAAGUUGGACAACUUAGAGAGCCAGGCCAAAAUUCGGACCCUGGUGCUGCCGGCGGUGGGCGUGCUGGCGCUCUUUCUGGUACUGUUCGUUUACCUGAAAACACGUCCAGCGGUCCUGGCCUAGUUUUAUGUAGCCAUAGCCGUGGAGAGUGCAAUGGGUUCGUCUUGAACACACAUAGCCUUAACAGUAACAUUAAAUCGCAAUUCGUCCAUCA